AUGGUCCAAAACUACCGUUCGAGGAAAGCCUUGAACGAGAUCGCAUACGGCUCAGGACCCCGGUUUUCGGGCAAUGCCCCACAGAAGAACAUGAUGGGAGCCCCAGCCAAAGUGCCCGGUGUAGAUUUCGCCGUCCCAUCAGAACUUGACCCAUCAAAUGCGAACGUGAUGCACAUGGUGAAGCCUCGCAGCAGCGAAGUUGCGAUACUCAUGGCUGAGCAUGCUCGCUGGGCUCAAAGAGAAGCCCUGAAGGCGCUGUACUUGGCAUCCGCGGAUUCCAACCAGGCAUUUGAAGCAGCGCGUCGUGCAAACGUGGCUGCCAUGGAGGCCUUGCGACAGCCCAGCGCAAGUUUCCCCACCUACGCAGAGCGGCCAUUGCCUGGCGAGCCCUGGCUGUCGGCAGCUCGUUGGCCGACCGACCCACCCGAUCCACUGCGGACAAUGCCACGAGGAAGCUCGCCUCCAGGCGUGCAUCUCGAGAGGCUGGCAGAGUGGUUCUGGCCUCAACUAGCCACAGCAAAGCUUGCAGAACACGGCUUAGAGUUACAACAGCAAGGAUGGGGAAGACAGCAUUGCGACCAGGAUGAUUUUUUGUGUUUGAGGUUCCGACUACACCCCAGGCCACCGGCGGCCCAGCCAGUGCCACGGCUGCACACAGAGCCUUGGGGAUGA